CUGGGCGCAACCACGUCUGGGGAGAGAUUGCACAGCAAAGGCAAAGGAAGGAAGAGCUGCACUGUAGGGAUUUUUUCACCAUGGCCCACCCCUCUGCCACCCUUGUUGGACUGUUCAUCCUCUUGAUUGGCUCCACUGUGGCAGAUUCUGAGAGAACACCUCGAGCGGCCCCUUCAAGUGCAUGUCAGGAACACGCAAGUCUUCACAACCGCCUGGAUGUGGUGGAAAAGAAAGUGGAGGACACAGUUGGUAAAUUGGAGGCUGAGCUGGCUGCACUCCUGGAGGACAUUGAAGACCCAAAGUGGCGCCCCCUGCUGGACAACACAGGAAAUCCUGUCGACAUUCUGGAGGACCCUGCGAGUGUUCAGUCCUAAAUCAAACAUCCAUUAGGGAAUUUGACUUUACACAGUUGAAGUUUGCAUCAAUACAAUUUAUCACUUA